AUGAGGAGAGAUGCGGGCGACGAUUGCGCCACUUCCGGCACGCCGCAGCGCGUUCAGACAGACAAUGCCAUGGAGGUGCUAACUUUCAAUGCAGGUGACAGCAAGAAGGGCGCGAAGCUCUUCAAGACACGAUGCCAGCAAUGCCAUAAUCUGAAGGAGGGCGAGGGCAACAAGAUCGGCCCCAACCUCCACGGUCUCUUCGGUCGCCACACUGGCCAGGUUGAGGGCUUCUCGUACUCUGAUGCGAACAAGCAGAAGGGCAUUGAGUGGAACCAGGAUACGCUUUUCGAAUACCUCGAGAAUCCAAAGAAGUACAUUCCUGGCACGAAGAUGGCAUUUGGUGGUCUGAAGAAGGGCAAGGACCGGAAUGACCUGAUCACGUUCGUGGCUCCCGUUCCCAUCACAACUACCAGAAUUUCCAUGCUAACAAGGCCACAGCUUCCUCCGGGAGGAGACUAA